GUACCGCUGGAUUGAGGUUUCUGGGCCACUGUGGUGAAACGCAGGGAUACAGAUUCUCAAAAGACUCGCCGAGACAUAUAUCGCAAAAAAAAAACCGUUGAUAUAAUUUCGGGACUUUAUCAGAGUAUCUGCCGCCCAAGCAAGGUUGAGAAAAAAAAACUCCCUUACACCGGUCGUUUUGUCGUCUUCGCGAAGCUUGAAACGUCAACGGGACAAUGGCUGAUCAACUGACUGAGGAGCAGAUUGCUGAGUUCAAGGAGGCGUUCUCGCUGUUUGACAAGGAUGGUGAUGGUACGAUCACUACCAAGGAACUCGGGACCGUCAUGCGCUCCCUGGGACAGAACCCCACUGAGGCGGAGUUGCAGGACAUGAUCAAUGAGGUGGAUGCUGAUGGCAAUGGUACAAUUGACUUUCCUGAGUUUCUGACCAUGAUGGCCAGAAAGAUGAAGGAUACAGACAGCGAGGAGGAGAUCAGAGAAGCCUUCCGAGUCUUUGACAAGGAUGGUAACGGCUACAUCAGUGCAGCAGAGUUACGGCACGUCAUGACCAACCUAGGGGAGAAGCUCACUGACGAGGAGGUGGACGAAAUGAUCCGCGAGGCUGACAUUGACGGCGAUGGUCAGGUCAACUAUGAGGAGUUUGUCCAGAUGAUGACUGCCAAGUGAAGAGAACGCUGACAUUUCUCAACGUUGCUUGUCCUUCUGAGACCACUGUUUUUAAGAACCACAAAUAAAAGAACAAUUAUCAGGUGAUAACCCCCCACCCUCCCACCAACACACUAUAGAAUUAAACAAUUUGCGCUUAAGUACAUCCAAAUACUUCUAUGGUAUCUGUUUAGCAAGCACCAACAGAAUAAUCCCUAGAGAAGUUAAUGGACCACGCUUUAAGAGGCCCUGUACUUCAGACCAAGUUUCUGCUGAGUCACCCAGCUCCUGAUUAAUUUAGAGGAAGGAGCAGCACUGAGAAGGACGAGGGAUUGGAGCCCUUGCAAUAGUUGGUAUAGAGAAGUUUGCUAUUUCAUUCUUCCCAAUAUUUAACAAAACUCUGAAUACUGAAUCGGGUACUCUUCUUGCAUGCACCCUUUCUGUGGCGGCCUUGUGUGACAAUGAGGAGGCUCUAAUCAGAAGCAGUGGUCAGGCUGUGUACACACUGGAGGUAUAUACAUUACUAUAUAGCUAUAUAUCUGUAACAUUUGUGUCACUAUUGGUUAUUAUUGCAAGAGCAGAUAGUGUCGGUGUGGGGUGUUUGCUGGUGCUCGGUUGCAGUCCUUAUAUCUUGAAGAGUUCAGACAAGAGCCAGAGAUGGAAAAGGGCAAGAUGUGUUUUCUCCUCUUGUGGGGUGGGGGGGGGGGUGUUGUCUGGGUCUGAGUUGUGGGCUUUACAGCGCGCCCGUGGCAGUAAUUGCAGACAUGAGUAACUGACAUUGCUUAUGGAGGAUAAUUGUGAAAAUAACACUUGCACUGGACUGCAGUAAAUGUAUUUGUUCUGCGAUGUCCAGAUAUCCUGUUGAUACAAUAUUGAUGUGAAGCUUUAUAAGUAUUAAUGUAUUAACGACCAACUUUGGUCACCAAAUAUAUCCAUAUAUAUAUAUUAGUGUAUGGUAAAGCUGUUGUGGUAAAUGCCCUGUGACAUAUUUUACCUUUUUGGUUUUUAAAUGUGCCAUAAUACUCUAAAAAGCCUCGACCUUCUUGCAAGACUCCUUCAUUAGAAUAUAAUGCAUCAACUUAAUAUAAAAGCACAGGAAGUUGCACUUUGGUAUAAACCAUGUGAAUAUUAAAAAGGUUUUGUUGUAAAAGAAGUAAAAUAAACCAAAUGUCACUGUUGCUGCUGCUAUAACAACUCCUAUGUUACUCAUUUCUCGUCCUUGUUCGUGUCUGAACUGCUUGCUGUUUUAACAAACAAAAUACAUAUACUGUAUAUUCACAAAAACUGGUGGUGGGGGUGAUGUGUUUAGUUUGGGCUGUUCGAGUGGGACUUCAAAAUAGGGAUGAAAUGGGUUUGUAGCAAAGAAGUGAGACUGUUUAGAGUUUUGAGCAGGUGGUUAAAUUUACUAAGAUCGUUAUCUGAAGUAUCUUCUGAUAUCCCCAAAGCAUAAAACUUAAAUUCUGCUCUGCUUAAGGCGUUAAAUUAGUUGAUGUUUGAACCGGAUAUAGAGAAGUGAAUGGACUUCCGAAGGAAUCUCAAAAAUGUAAAGAUGUGUUAUAUUUUACAUAAAUCAAUAAACUGAGCUUUACUUCACCUGCA